GUUAUCAAGAGAGAGAAAGAGAACAAGCUGAGCAUAUAAGAGAGCGGCAGGCCACAAUUCAGUGCAGUCGCCCAUCUACUAACUCUAUAUAUUCAGAACGCAGUUACAAGAAGCCAUGGUUGUCAGGGAUGGCGACCAAAAAACAGCAUUUUAUUGGUGGGUUAGGAUUUGGUAAAGAGGCACUGAAUACUCCAAAUAAGCUUCCAGCCAUAAACAAGGACCCGAAUAUUAUAAGGAAGAAGAGUGCAUCUACCCUCAAGAGUAUUACAGUCCUACAGCCACAGGAAACCAUGCUAGCAGUCAAGUCACAAAUUAUGGUGCAAAAGAAGAGAUUACAUACACGCUAUCACCCUGACAAAUUGGUAAACAAAGAUGGAGAACGAGGUCAAAGAAGGGUCGAAACCUUAUCAAUGGGGCAGGCAAAGGCAGAUGUCCACCAGAACCUGACUAUCAAAUACAGACAACAGGCUAGGUUCACUAGCUCUGAUACUAUUAGGAACCAGCAGAGAGGACCACUUACACCAGUCUUUCCCUUAACAGAAAAUCAGUGUCCCUCUUCCUUACAUAAUCUGGAUGGCUAUUCUCAGCUAAACAGAACAUCUCCAAUCAGGUCCAUUGAUGAUUGCUUUAAUGUCCUUUUGGAGAGAAACAUUGAAGAAAAUGUAGAAAAUGAUGUAGAUACUUUGGAUAUUAUGAGUGGGGAGGACCUACAAUUAGGUUUAGAACCUCACUUGUCCAAUUUUGAGCAACAUAGCAGUUGUUGGGGAAGAAAUAUGAACAGCAGUUCCUCUAGUGAACUUGAAAACAAUAUGAAUGAAUUAGUAAGAGAAACUGAACCUCACAAUGUGUCAUCAGUUCAAACAAAGGAUCUGGAAUUCUUCCAUGGGGACUCUGAGGAGGAAAACAACCGCGAGAGAGAAUUUGGUAUUCAAUUCCAAAAUAAUGAGACCUACAUAAAUUCUUAUGAUGAUAUUGGGAAUGAUAACAUCAGUAUUAGCAACAGAGAAGAUAUUUCAAUAUUCACAACACCAAAUAUCAUGUCAUCCAGUGAGUCACAGAUUGAGAUGCGCUCAGAAUCACCAGAUGACCUGACUCUUAAUUAUUCUCUUGCUUGUUCUCUCAGUUCACUGGAUGAGAAUGAGGAUGACAGAGCUGACAUGGUUUCAAUGGCUAUUGAAGGAGAGGAUACUGUCUCACUCUCAACUUCAUUAAAUAUGUCCAUAACUCCAUGUUCACAGAAUUUACAAAACAAUGAUCUCACAACUUCCAUAUCAUCUGUGGAAGACAGAGGGCACUCAAUACCUAUUCAGGGACCUUCUUAUCUUUCCCAUCUAGAGAAUAGCCUCUCACCAACUGCACCUAAUCCACAGAUUCUUAGUGAGAAUCUACACUUAGCCUUUGUCACGUUGUCUAUGAGGAGAAAUCCUGGCCACAGACAUUCAGGGAGAAUUAGAACAACCCAGCAUAGCAGUGACUCUGAGAAAACUAAAGCAGACCCAGAGAAACUGAAGAAGCUACAGAACAGUUUGCUAGAGGAAGAAUCCGAGGAUGAGGAGGGAGACAUCUGCAGAAUCUGUCUCAUGGGAGGGGAAACCACAAAAAACCAUCUGAUAGCUCCAUGUCAGUGCACUGGAAGCUUAAAAUAUGUUCACCAGGAUUGCAUAAAGAAGUGGCUGGAGGCAAAAAUUACAUCUGGAGCAGGCUUUGAUGUUGUGAAAACAUGUGAGAUGUGCAAGCAGAAUGUGAACCCCAUAAUUGAAGGAUUUAAUGUAAACGAGCUUUACAGAAAACACCAAGAAACACAGGUGUCUGUGGUGGAUCCUAGUUUGUACCUGGUACUGUUACUUCACUUGUAUCAGCAGAGAUAUGAGGAACUUCUUAGAUUAACACACACACGGAGCCGGGUAACAGAGAUUUCGAGACAUUUCUCACACCUCCGAACAAGAAGGAAUGAAAAUCCUGAAGAAACCACUCAGGAUUCAGAUUCACAGAACAGCAGUCAGAUCAACUAAAGGUUUAUCUUUUCCCCUCUACAUAGUGUGUAACUGUUCAUCUUCCCGUGUUACCCAAGGGAUCUCAUCUUAUUCCCACACAGUUAUCACAUCUAAUAAGCUGUGCCAGCAACUGUUUUGAGUUUCCUCUGUUUAUAACCCUCAGUGAACUACAGUUGUUGUUUGUCUAUAGGGUCAUGGGAGGAAGUUCUCCCCCAAGUGCCUCCCCUUUCCUAAAUGUUCCUUAUCUUAAUAAAUAUUAAUUAUUUUAAA